CUAAAUCUAAAAUUCGGAAACUAUUUUUUUUCUGAUUCUCAGUAUUCGAUCUUGAGAAAUUUUUUAGUUUCAGAAGCUUCAGAUUUAGAAAUGGAGGGAAAAUCGACGAAGGGAGCUGGAGGGAGAAGAGGAGGCGAGAGGAAGAAGUCAGUUACGAAAUCCAUUAAGGCAGGUUUGCAAUUUCCGGUUGGUCGUGUUGCUCGUUUCUUGAAGAAAGGUCGAUACGCUCAGCGAGUUGGAAGUGGUGCUCCUGUCUAUCUCGCUGCGGUUCUUGAGUAUCUCGCCGCUGAGGUUCUGGAAUUAGCUGGAAAUGCGGCAAGAGAUAACAAGAAAUCCAGAAUCAUACCAAGGCAUGUGCAAUUGGCUGUGAGGAACGAUGAUGAGUUGGGGAGAUUGUUCGAUGGAGUCACCAUUGCCAGCGGUGGUGUUCUCCCUAAUAUCCAUGCUGUUUUGUUACCUAAGAAGACGGAGAAGAGUGAGAGCGUUUCUCAACCAAAAUCUCCCAAGAAGGCUGCUGCUUGAAGGGAUUAAAAAGUUUGUGUUUUUUUGGGUAGAAGAUUUAGAAAGUGUCACUAACAUCUUUAUAGCAUAGAUUAUAGAAUGUGUAAUCUUCGAGAGAUGUCUCUCUUUUGUUAAAUGGAAUGGAAAUCCGGACAUAUCUUUUGCCA